CAAGUAACCGAUGCACUAGCAACACCAGUUGUAGGAGUACUUUCAGAUAAAAAAGGGAGCAGAAAGCUAUGGCACUUAGCAGGCAAGUUAAAACCCACUGUUAACCUUAGCAAUACUGGGAAUGCUGAGACAUUGGACGUGGGUACCGGGUUGGUGUUGAUUAGUUUUCCUCUAAUUUUCUCCCCGUGUCCAGGCUGUGAUAGAGAUACACCUACUUUGAUGGCUCUCUACUAUGCAGCUAUUAUAUCAGUGUUCCAAAUAGGUUGGGCAGUAGUACAAAUAUCUCACCUGGCUAUCAUACCAGAUCUCACUGAGGACCAGGAGAAAAGGGCUGGCCUCACAGCUAUUCGAUACACUGCAUCAGUGUGCUCUAGUGUAGCAGUAUAUGUUAUUACAUGGUGUGUGUUCCAUGUCACUAGAAAUAGCAUGUUUGAUUCAAUUGGACCUGAAGAUGCUUAUAAAUUCAGAAAUAUUGUCUUGAUCACAACAGCAAUUGGAUUAGCAGCAUCUGCUUACUUCCACUUUGGACUGAAAGCACAUAAUUUGAAACCUAAAGUUAACACACAAACAGCAGGGCUCGAUUCACUUAAGAAAAGUUCAAUAGCAAGUUACUUUAAAUCACCUUUAUUGUUCCAAGUUUCAUUUUUGCAUGUAGCCAGUCGUUUAUUUUUAACAAUUAGUCUUGUUUAUAUGCCCCUUUAUUUGAAUGAAACAUAUGGAGAAGAUUCAGAAAUUUUAGCUCUGGUACCCCUUGUUUCAUACAUAGCUUCCUUUGCUGCUUCACUCGGCAUAAAAUACAUCAAUAAUUCAUGGGGAAGCAAGACUACUUACUUCAUUGGGGCAGUGAUUAGUACUUUUGGUUGUGUGUGGAUUCGUUAUGGCACAGGUGGAGCACAUGGAAGAGGAAACGUUUACGGAGCCUCUAUACUCUUAGGAGGUGGAAGUUCUGUAACAAUGGUCACAAGCCUCUGCAUAACAGCAGAAUUGAUUGGAACACAUACACACAAUGGUGCUUUUGUGUAUAGUAUAGUAACAUUUGCAGAUAAGCUAUUUAAUGGCAUUGCUGUCAUGGUCAUUGAAGAUCUCAAAUGUUCCAGUCAGGAGUUGUGUCCACACUACUACAGAGAUGUUCUUGCUUACGUUUGUGGAGGGUCAGCAAUUUUGGGUGUUCUAGUCUUAGCGACAAUGACAUACCUGUCAGGGGCAACUAAAAUUUUGACUUCUCCCACAGAAAAUGACCCUGAAUCUAAAAAUCCAGAUGUAACAACUGCACUAACUCAUGAAGUAACAUAAUUAAUUCAAAAGAAAAUUAGUAAAACCAAUUCUUUUCUAUUGUUAUAAACUGUUCCUAAUAAAGUGUCUUUCUAAGUCUGUGUCUUAUUUUCUUAAAAUAUUCCUCUGAACUGAAAAUUAUUUUCUAUUUAAUUUUCAAUUAAUUCAUCUGCAAUUGCUGCUUAAGCUACUGAAGAACACACAAUGAAACCUAAAGUUGUUUAUUUAAUAUGCAUGUACCAUACAAUAGAGUAACUACACUUCGUACCUGUUCUGCCUCAAAAACAGGCAACAGUAUACGCAUAUUAUUUUCAUGUAUGAAAACACAUUUUCAUUAUACAUUUGGUUAUGAAAAUAUGAAAUACACAAAUAAUUCUACUAACUUACAAAUCAUCAAUCCAGUAGUUUAUUCUCAUACAACUCUCAUAAAUAAAGUAUUCGUACAAGUAAAACUAUGCCAUUUCACAGAAAAUUGAAUAACAUAGCAAUAUAUAUUACAAUAUGGUUCAUUGUUUUACUUUGUACGCUGUAUAUUAGAAUGUAAAACAUUACUUUCUAUUGUGUUUAGAAUAAUUGAAUGAGAUGAAAAAUGCAAGCGUAUAAACCAAAAGUUCGAAGUCUCACCCAACAGCAAACCUUUCACCCAGAGACCAUCAGACUGACAGUCAUGUUCCAAAUAUGAAAAUACCUGCUUAGAAGCUUGGCAUAAACAAAAUGUAGGAUACCUGAAUGAAAUUACGAAAAUACUGUUUCCAACAGUAACUCCCAUAGUAACAAACUCUCCUGAAGUAAAGAUAUAGUUAACUUUCCCAGGGUCCAUACAUUGGAGCAAAGAGGAAAACUUCAAAUUUAAUCAUGAUCUUGUAAUGAUUAUUUUUUAACACUGGCUUAAAUAUUGCAUACAACCUUUACUAAUAAUUAUACAGGAGAUCUCAACGGUUACUACAUUAACUUCCUACAUCCCACUGAUAACCUUCUUUACUACAUUAGGGAAGAAAAAAAAAAGAUUCCAAUACCAAAAAUGCUUCUGUCAUGGUGAUCAAGUAUCAUUAGGUAUAAUAAAUAAACAAAAUUGACAAGAGGACUGAAGGCACCACAACGCACAGCAGAUGCUAUAUGUAAUAAGUAAAUCCAAGUGUGCCUUCAGACAAAAUGCACAUUGAAAAGUCAAUAUUACUAAUCAAAAAUAAUUCAAUCAUAAAGCACUUUUAUAAACUACAAGUUCUUCCAUUUUUUUAUAAUUAUAUUUGGAAAAUGGUAUUUUUCAGAAGAAAAAAGCAGAUGUGACCAUUUUAGUUUAAUUAUAAAAACUGCUAUACACCCAACAAAACAAAAAGUAAAAAUAUCAUUGGUGAAUGAAAACUAUUAACUCCAUUUUAGCACUGAAUUAAUGUUAAAUGUUUUACCAAUAAACUGAAUAUUAACUAACAACAAUUGAAAACAAAAGAUAAAUGAUUUAUUAUUUUUCCCUUAAUAUGGAGAUGAAAUGCCGGUAUUAGUGCUUGCAGUCUAUAGGCCUACAUAUAUUUAACAGAUCAUUUUCAAAUGCACAUAUACAAUUUAAGAAAUACCUGGCACUUAGUAAAAAAAAAUAAAUAAAUAAAUAAAAACCAAACCAACUCAAAAGAAAGAACACAGCAAAAAUGUACUAAGAAUUCAUCCACAGUAAGUUCGCAUUCCUACAUUAACAAGAAUAGAUAAACAAAUAAGAUAUAAAUAAUUAGGCAACUUUCCUCCACAAUUGAUUUAUCCACUGCACCCUUCAAAUUGAUUUUCACAACAAUACAUUGGUGUACACUCCAAAGAAAAGCCAUAUCACAAAUUCAAUUUAAGGGAGGGAGUAAGACAGCUACUCUUUCACAGUAAAUAGAAGCAACGAUACAAACUUUGCCGGGUACUUCAGGUGAACUUUAAUUCCAAUCUAUAGUCUAAAUAAAUAAAACAAACAUUAAGGCACCAAAGGAAAUAUAGUUCCAGCCUUCUGACAUAAAUGUAAAUACAUCAAUUAUAACUCUUGAAUCCAAGAACCUAUGCUGCAUUUGCAAGGGCAAAGCAAUAAUAAAAUUCAACAACAGUAUCUUAUACAUUAUUAACAUUUCAUGCAGUGUAAAUGGAGCUAAUUAAAUUUAACAUAUACCAAUACUCCUCAGUUGCUGUGGAAAUAACAUGUAUUUAACUACCAAUUCAUCACUCAACUUGAGCAGAAUAUGACCUGUUUUGCAUUCAACAUUGCAGAAACUGGAUAGGAAAAUGUUCUUAAAAUAAAUACUACUAAUAAAAAACUUCACAUGCUGCAACAUAUUGAGAAAGUUCUUUUCAAUGAAUUAUCUCAGUUCUCAACAGAAGCUAUUAUUUCAAUAAAUAUUUACAUGCAAUAUGAAUCUUAGGAAGUACAGCAACUUAUAUUUUUUUUAUAUAUAUACAUAUACAUAUAAUACUUAAUAGUAUUCAAUAGUUCCAUUAUCAAAGUAAUUUCAAUAUAAAUGUGAGUUUCUUAAAUUUUGUAAUACAUUAAGGAUAGUAAUAAAUCAUAUAGGAUUGUUCUUACAGUAAAAAACAAUACAAAAAAUACAGUAUAAAUUUUCAAGCAAACUAAUAUCUUCAACAAGAUCUACAAACAAAUAACCACCUCAAGCACAAAAUUAAAAUUAUUCAAAACAUAAAUAUAAAUGGAAUUCCUAUAGAGUAUGGAAUAAAAUACUGCACAAUAUUUAGGUUUUACUUCAUUCGUUCAACAUCCAUCUUUCAAAUGAAUAAAGAAAAA